AUGGUCGCUGUGACCUGGUUUAGGCUGGACGUUGCAGGCUGUGUCCCACACGCAGGCGCAGUCCCAUCCCUCUGCGCCUGCCUGUGUCCGCGCCCUUCGGGGCCUGCGGCGGCAUCCUUAUUCCUUCUGACGGAACUUUGUGUUGCAGAUGGAGAGCGACGCCUACCCCGCCAGCGUCAGGGAGAUGAGCCGGCUGCUGCAGGAGGCCGUGCUGACGCAGGACGCGCCCACGCGCCCGAGUCCCCAGUCACUCCCGCCACCACGCCCACGCCCUGGCACCAGAAGGACCCACGCCCGCCUCCUCCGGGAGCGAGCGGGCGGCGAGCGGCGCGGCCUCCGUCGGCGGCGGGGGCGCUGAGGGCACUGCAGGCACCCAAGUUCCCGAGAGCGGGUCAGGCGACGGGGGCGGGGCCAGCGCGGUGGGCGGGGCCUCCGAGGCGGCGGGGGGCGGCGCGAGCGACAGUGCGCGGCCGGCCAGUCCCGCGAGCGGCGGCAGCGGCUCCAGCGGCCCCGUCAGUCUGUCGCAGAUCCUCGAGCGACCUGUGUAUGCCGGUGCCGCGUCCGUCGCCGCAGCGCCCCCCGUGUCAUUCGCCGCCAGCCAGCCCCCCCGCGUCCCCCGCCCGCCCGCCACCACGCGCCCGCCAGCCCCAGGAGCCCCCGCACGGGCGCCCCCGAGGCAGGCGUGCCCCAUGCCGGUGGCCACGAUGGGCAAUGGCACGUCAGGGCACUCUGGCGGAGGCCACCACCACACGCGCACCACAACCACGGGCGGCGCCCCCCCUGCGGCGCCGGGGGGGGCCGGCCCGGGAACGGCGCGGCGGAGGGGGAGGAGGGGGUGGAGGCCCCGCCGCCAAGCCCGUGUACCCCGAGGACUACAACUACCUCAAGGGGCUAGUGCCCGAGCUCAAGAGCGACAUCAGGGAGCGUGACCUCCGCAUCGACCUCCUCGAGUCCGAGAUGCUGGACCUCCGGCGGCAGGUCAAGCGCAAGACGGAGGAGCUCACGAGGCUGCAGCGGGACGUGCACAAGCUGAGGAGCGUCCUCCAGCAGCAGGCGGUUCGGUUCCACGAGCAUGGCGACCUCCUGGCCACCCUCCACGAGCAGCACUCCAUGGCCGGCCAGGGGUCCAUGACCAAGAAGCAGGGCGUCUCAGGAGAGUCCUGCUUCCAGAAUAAGACGGCGGAGAAGAUACACAUCCAGAGAUUCGACAAGGACUUCAGGUAAGGAGCGUGGCUGAGGCGGUGGUGGGCGGCGAGGGUCUAGCGGGGCGGGGAAUUAGGUGGCGGGUUUGGCGGGAAAUGAGGCGGUUUUUGGCGGGAAAGUUGGGUGUUUUGGAGGUGAUGGUGAAGGCUUGGUGGAGAGGACGCGGGCUGAGGGAGAGUGUGGACACCUGAGGGGAGGAGAUGUGCUUUGGUCGCGAAGGACGGAGUGUUGGCGGACAUGAAGUGUUCAUGGUGGAAGGUGAGGCCUUUGCUGGAGGCUCGGAC